ACCAACUUAAAAAACACCGGGAAUAUUCGUGUUUUGUUUGAUAGCCUAUUAUUUAUCAAAAUUGAGAAUUGUUUUCGAACUUUUAAUUCAUAGUGUAUAGGUUGUAAUAGUUUUAGUGAUUGGUGAAACAGGUGAUGCUAAUAACAAGUAGAAUGGGAAAUUACAUUGGAAUAUUUAGGCUAGGUUAACUGUGCGGGUGCCCAUUUUUAUAGGCUACCCUCAAGUUAUAGGGUCAAGUUAUAGGGUCUACAUUGCUCAGAUUAAACUUAAGUUAUAAUUGACAUUGAUAAGUUAUGGAUAGUUAUACUGAGGAAUUUGAUUUUCCGUUGGACUCAGAAAGGUGCCAUGUAAACGAUUUGCCGGAUGAAAUACUAGAAUACAUUUUGUGUCUUUUGAGGCCUUAUGAUGAUCUGAAGAAAUGUAUGUUGGUCAGUAAACGCUGGAAUAAAAGUGCUGUCAAUGUACUUCAUCAUAAGAAAAACAACUUCAAUCGCUGUCUUGUGAAUUUCAACAUCAAAUGGGAACACUACACUCCCCCAGAUAAAUGUCACAGCAUUUCAAAACGAUAUUCGCAUUCUGCAUGCAGUUUUGGAAAUGCUAUGUAUGUGUUUGGUGGGUGCACUUGUACGAGCACGACAUUCAACGACCUGUGGAAGCUUGACUUGUCGGCCAGGAAGUGGUCUAGGCUGCUCACUAUGGGUACGUACCCGACACCCAAGGCUCUGGCCACGCUCGUCUACUACGAGGGUCUUCUCGUCUUGUUUGGCGGCUGGACACACCCCACCCCGUUCCCUUUGCACCAGGCGUGGAGGACAUUCAACGAGUUACAUGUGUACGACAUCGGUGAGAACAGGUGGAGUUACGUGAUCACGCCACAACUGUCACCUCCGCCCAUGGCUGGUCACUCCGCCUCAGUACACGGGGACGACAUGGUUGUGUUUGGUGGCAUAUGUGGACAAAUGGUUACUGGCAGUGCUAAUGAUGUCUGGUGCUUUAACUUUGUGACUCAAACAUGGAGGAAACAAGAGACCUCGAGUCCCAAGCCAGUGCCUAGAUACAACCAGUCUCAGAUCGCGAUCAACAACAACAACCUGCUGAUCAUAGGAGGUUGUGGAGGCCGGCCCAAUGUACUGCUCAGUGACGUCUGGCUACUGACGAUGACAGGCAACAUCUGGCAAUGGACACAGAUCUCAGUCACCAACCCUCAGUGGGGGAUGAGUCACCCCUCCAAUGGACAGCUGUGGUGCCAUCCAGCUUGCAAGAGUGGUAACAACGUCAUCUCUAUUGGGCGUAACCCAACUUCUACGAUGCCAGCGUUCUCAUUGUCCAAGUGGAAUCCUGUUGCGUCUAUGCCACGAACACCUAAUGACCUACAAUCUCCUAGAAGGCCUUCAGAUGGCUCUUUACCUCCGGUGGACAGAGAUGUGAAUGUGAACGGACGAAGGGGAGUCCUGCCGAGACCUAGAGCACCAGUCGAACCUUCCACGUCCGGGAGUAAAGACCAAGAAGAAGCUCCGGCAGAUCCCAAGUGCCAUAAACCAGAGAUCAAGGUGGGAAAGUCUCCAUUCCGGAACAUAAACUUGCCAACCAAUAACAACAUGGCUGCGUUCCGAGCAUCUCCGGGUGGAGCAGGGAAACAUCGGGAGCGUCAGUUGGAGGCGUUGCACAGAAUGGAGGAGAGACUACGUAGCUUGUCUCGCAACAAUCAGGUAAAGGAGAAACUGCCCGAGGCCGUGAGGCAAUGUCCUCCCAAGAUGGCGAUGUUUGUCAUGGACAUUACCAACGUGUUGACGGACAACGCUGUGACAUGGCUGCCGAUCAAGAGUGUAGCGACCGGAGCUCCAGAACACACCAUCCUCUACUCACUCGUCCCCGGCCAGGGCGAGAUCAUCAUGUUCGGUGGAAUACAAAAAGAUGUUUCCCAGUUUAACGUUGAAGAAUCCUCUUUGAACGUUAUAAACACUGUUACUAACACAUUGCAUUUCAUCACUGCCCCGCAGACUGUGAUCUAAGUUUUAAGUUUUUGAAUGUACAAUGCCUGUGUAAAUUUGUAAUGUAGUUGUUAUCGGAAGUUUUUUUAGGAGCUUGAAAGGAUUAUUUAAAUGUAAAAGAUUACCAUGGUUAAUUUGUUAAAAAUGAAUUUCUGGGAGGUUAAACAAAUCUGAAUUAAUUGAGUAUUGAUUCAGUGCAUGUAUGAGAGUUGUCCGUAAAUUACUUCACUUGCUACUAUUCUAGCUAUAGGUUCGGCCACUCCUGACAAUGGUCAUAUUAUUCGAAAACGUUGCAAAAGAAAUUCAAAGCGCCAAAUAUGUAUCACAUUCUAUGAUUAGAUUUCUUCGGUCUCACUUGACAACUAUUUUUGAUGUCUAUUUUCAAUUUACUGACAUGAAUGGAGUAAAGAAUCUAGAUGUAGAAAAUCAAAAUAUGCACAAGGAGUGGUAUUUCGGAGUUGGUAGUAAACAUUUGUAUGAUAUUCACCAUGAGCUAGGCUGACUUUUGUUGCUUAUCAGUCUCAGUUGUAGCAAUGACCAAAGUUGGUGGAAUUUUGCAUGCGGACCGAAUGAAAGAGAUUAUAAAACUAAUAGUAAGACCAUCAACGACUCCAGUCAGCUCUGGAGGUCCGAAACAAACCGAUCAACAAGCUAAGAUUCCUCAAAUUCAAUCACCGUCUCGAUGGAAACUGAUAAGCACCCAUUGCCAUACAUUGUGCAAACAUACAAACUCCCUAAGUAACUAAUGCACAUUUUCUAUGCAAACAAUUUAUAUCCAAAACACUUUUCUGUAGAAAACACAUGUGAAAAAAUUUUUUUAAUAAUUAAAGUUUUUAAUUUUACACUUUGAUUAUCCAAUAAAACUUUAUUGUGAACAAAAUGGCAAAAGAAUUAUUAAUUUAUAACCUAAGGUUUUUUCUAUAACAAUUAUGCCAAGAGUAAAAGUCUACAAAUUUGGUAAAAUUAAUUGCUGACCAAGGGCACUGCAGGCACCGCAUUAAUUCCUUUCCUCAAUGGGUUGAUCGUGAUUUUCCCGAAAAUGGCCCGAAGGAUUUUGAUAAAAAUUUAGUA